AGAAAUGUCUGACUCCGUGAAAGUUUAUACGUGCUGUUCCGUCUUCUCAAACCUACAACAGCCCACAUUUGGAGCCGAUCGAUGCGGGGAGCCAGUGAGGUGGUUUGCUCGCCAGUAGUGUGGACAGAGCGGGCUGCGAGCGGCAGAGCGGUGCGCGCCACGCUCGGUUUUUACGCGCAAAGGGAAACAGUGAACAGACAAUACCGGGAAUCCAAGACGAGGGAUGGAAAUUACAAACGGUGUUGGAACUAAUGUUGAAAUGAAAACGACAAUGCCGUGAUCGACUGCAUCACACGGACAGAGGAACCUUCUGAAAACGCCUGAUACAAGAGAUGGCCGUGAAUUCCGUUGCAGAGCUGUGUCCCUGGAGCCUCAUCUCCCCAAAUUACAGGAGGCUGUGAUGAUGAGGAUGUGUUCAGAGCACCAGGCCCUGCAGAGGUGUGAAGAUGGAGUCCUGACCUCAGGUGAUUCUUCCACCUCAUAAUCCUCGCCCUGUUCACUGUCGUCUGUUUCUGUUGGUGUAGGAGUGAGACACGAGGAGGCUGCGAUUAGCGGGCUGAGCCCGUGAGUGAAUCUAUGGCAGAGAGACAGCACAGUGCAGGUUCCUAUGUAUGAUUCUAUCAUGGACCACAUCAUCUGCUGCCUGCUGGUACUGGGAGCCACAGUGAUGAUCACCCAUGCAUGCCCUAAGUACUGUGUAUGUCAGAAUCUGUCCGAAUCCCUGGGGACGUUGUGUCCAUCCAAAGGCCUUCUAUUCGUGCCUUCGGACAUUGACCGCAGCACGGUUGAGCUCCGUCUGGGAGGAAACUACAUCCUCCGCAUUACACAACAGGACUUUGCCAAUAUGACAGACCUGGUGGACCUGACCCUCUCCAGGAACACCAUCGGCUACAUUCAGCCCUUCUCAUUUGGUGACUUGGAAACACUGCGCUCGCUUCAUAUGGACAACAACCGGUUAAUGGAGGUAGGCCCUGAUGACAUGCGAGGCUUGGUCAACCUGCAGCACCUCAUCGUUAACAACAACCAACUGAGACGCAUCCAUGACAAGGCCUUUGAGGACAUAGCACCUACCUUGGAGGAUCUGGAUCUCUCCUACAACAACCUAAUUUCCCUUCCCUGGGACUCAGUCCGCCAGAUGAUUAACCUGCACCAGCUUAGUCUGGACCACAACCUGUUGGACUUUAUUCCAGAGGGUACCUUCACUGACCUGGAAAAGCUUGCGAGAUUAGACCUGACCUCGAAUCGCUUGCAGAAGUUACCACCAGACCCCAUCUUUGCCCGUGCACAGGACUCAUUCAUCCUGACUACACCCUAUGCUCCCCAGCUGUCACUAAGUCUAGGCGGGAACCCAUUGCACUGCAACUGUGAGAUGCUGUGGCUGCGGAGGCUUGAGAGAGACGACGACCUGGAGACUUGUGCCUCCCCUCCUGCCCUGAAGGGUCGUUAUUUUUGGAAUGUGAAGGAGGAGGAGUUUUUGUGUCUGCCACCUCUUAUUACCCAGCACACCCACAGAAUGUUGGUCUUGGAGGGCCAGACGGCCAGCCUAAGGUGUGAAGCAACUGGAGACCCUUCUCCUACCAUCCACUGGAUCUCCCCCGAGGAUCGGCUGCUUGGCAACUCCUCCCGAACCACAGUGUACAGCAACGGAACCCUAACUAUCACCAUCACCACCUCCAAGGACUUUGGCUCAUUUACCUGCAUUGCUGCUAAUGUGGCCGGGGAGUCCACCGCCUCCGUGGAGGUGUCCAUCGUUCAGCUCCCCCAUCUCAGCAACGGCACUGGGCCACCAGCACCACCAAAGUCACGCCUCUCUGAUAUCACAGGGACUACAAGGAUCAGCAAAGGGGUACCCAAGACCCAACCAGAGAGGACUGUGUCUGUCUCUGAGGUGACAUCUGUUUCAGCACUGGUCAAGUGGACAGUGAGCAAAUCAGCUCCCAAGGUGAAGAUGUAUCAGCUCCAGUACAACUGCUCUGAUGAUGAGGUCCUGAUCUACAGGAUGAUCCCGGCCUCCAGCAAAGCCUUCUUGGUGACGAAUCUGGUGUCGGGGACCCGCUACGAUCUGUGUGUGCUAGCCGCCUGGGAUGACACGGCCACCACACUCACGGCCACCAACGUCGUGGGCUGCAGCAAUUUCUUCACCCAGGACGACUACGCUCAGUGCCAGUCUCUGCCGAGCCAGCUGCUUGGAGGCACCAUGAUCCUGGUGGUGGGGGGCAUUAUCGUCGCCACCUUGCUCGUGUUCAUCGUUAUCCUCAUGGUGCGCUACAAAGCUGCAGAUACUGAAACCCCGUUGGGCAAACUGACCAGUGUCAGUGACAUACACUCUCAGACCAACGGGGGUCGAAUCGGGCAAAAUGGACUUCUUAUGCCCCAGCCUCACCCUGAGCCGAAGGUCAAGGCCAAAAUGACUCUGCAGGACGAGGUGGUGGAGUUCAAGUGUGGCUCCCUUCAAAGCAGCCUCACCUCUACUUCCUCAUCCUCCGGCUCCAUGGCGGGGGGCUCAUACAGCCCCAACAGCACACUUGCCAACAUUUGGAGGUCAGCUAACCCCAAGCCCCGGACGAACCUGGACCACCUGCUCGGGGCAUUCAACUCGCUGGAGCUGCGGGGGACACAUGGCCGCGACCCGGGAGCCUACAGUACUGCUGCCAUGGCAGCAGGGAAACCCCUGACAGACAUGGAGCCGCUGCUGGGCCGGACACUGGACUCCAGCCUCAGCAGGCUCCUCAUGCUACCUCUGGACUCCAAGCCAAAACGGAGCCAGUCCUUCGACAUGGGCGACAUAACAGGCGGCGGGGCUGCUAAGCUGUGCAACAAACCACGCAGGAUCAGCAGUAUCUGGACUAAGAGGAGCCUGUCUGUAAAUGGCAUGCUGCUGCGGUGCGAUGAGGAGGGGGACACGGGUGGGAGCAAGGGGACAAUAGACAGUGCUGACUGGGUGAUGGAGAGUACUGUCUAGGAAAGAUGGACCGUCAAACUAACAAACACUGCCCAAAUAGACGGCCAACAGCCAAGCCAAGACAGACCCGCUGGUCGAAGAGCCUUUGUCCUGCAUGAAGCACAUUCCUUUUCAUCCCUUCCACCCCAUCGCUCAGACUCAAGUGGGACAGGACAAAAGAUUUUCACAGUCAUAGCCAAAUACAAACUUCAGGAAUAAGAUUUUGAAUUGUUUUUGCGUCACACUUUGUACAGACAUGGAUCAGCGCUAAAGGGAAAUGACAGAGCAGUGCUGUCUGAAAUAUGUGAUCAUGCCCAUGGACUGCUAUUAUACUGUAUACAUGAAAUUAAAGUUUUAUAUUUUUUAUUUUGCUGGUCAAACACAAACGAUCCGUUACUGGUCUCUGCCUUGACACAAGAGCACGGGCUGACCAGUGGUUACGCUAUAAAAACUUUUACUGUAAAUUAAUUUUGGUUACCUUCUGGUGCAGUUUAACCUUCUCUGGUGGAAUGGUGAAGUGUAUAUACGUAGAUGUGAUGCUUUUAUUCAUAAAGAUUUAAGAAAAACAAAUUUAUUGACAAAGCUGUAUGGGAAUAUAUUUACUUUCUAUACAGAGUAUAUAUUUGAGGGGUCGCUCAAUAAUUCUGUAUGCUAAUCAUAUCAAAUUGUUUGGGACUGCAUAGAUUAUAAAACCCAUCAUCUCCUAAACUAUGGCUGUACCAUAUGUGAACACUCAGUUAAUUGUUUAAAAGAUGCCAAAUUAUUGAAGCAGAAAGUGGUGCAAUGGGUGGGAUGUUCCCUGAUAAUUAGGCCUGUUUAGUUUGUAUACAUUUGUUAGGACCAAUGUCCUAAAAUGUUUUUUUAUGGGGUUUUAUUGUUAUUCAUUUAAAAAAAAAAAGAUUCUCUCUGUUUUGACACCCAAUAAAACCCCAAAACCAAACAAUUCCCACAGCUCACUGAAAUGAUCCUCGCCUUCAGGCCAAUA